AUGCCUGCACGACGACUCCAGCCGAGUCGUGAAUUCCACGUCGUGGUGCUAGGAGCAGGCGGUGUCGGCAAGAGCUGCCUCACUGCCCAAUUCGUCCACAAUGAGUGGGUGGAAAGCUAUGAUCCCACCAUUGAGGACUCUUACCGCACGCAGCUACAGGUCGAUGGCCGCCAGGUCGUGCUGGAGAUUCUUGACACAGCAGGCACAGAGCAGUUUGUGGCCAUGCGUGACUUGUACAUGAAAACGGGGCAAGGGUUCUUACUUGUGUUCAGCAUCACAUCACAAGCGUCCCUCGAGGAGAUUGCGAGCUUGCGAGACGAGAUUAUCCGCAUCAAGGACGACGAAAACGUUCCCAUUGUCAUCGUAGGCAACAAGGCCGAUCUGGAGGAGAACCGACAGGUACCUCGCGCGAGGGGCUUUUCCGUCUCGCAGAGAUGGGACGCACCAUACUACGAGUCGAGUGCCAGGACGAGGACCAAUGUUGAAGAGUGCUUCAUCGACCUCUGCCGGCAGAUGCUUCGGCAGGAGGACGAGGGCGGCGCGGAUGAUUCGCCAACCCACAAGCCGGAGCAUUCUGCGUACGACUCUCACAAGCGCAGGCGGAGGAGACGGCUGCGCGACGGGCAGCGGUGCGUCCUGCUCUGA